AUGCCUUCGAAGAACAAGGCGAUUGCUCGGGCCCAGGCCAAGACCCAAGAACCUGUGGCAGACCCACCAUCUGCAUCAGAAUCCGAAGUCGACGAGGUCGAUAGCCAGGACGGCGCCAGCGGGACCGGGAGUGAGAGUGACAGUGAGGGCGAGGCUGGUCUCAGCAGUGGGGGUGAUUCCGAGCCACAUUCAGACUCAGACUCUUUGGACAGUGAUGCGCCUCGGAAGAGACGCAAACACUCUCCAAAACAGGAUGAGGAGGAAGAUGGGAGCGACAAAGAUGAUCUGCCGAAAGCACCCGUCUCAUUCAGCGCACCCUCGCGUAUCAGGCGGAAGGCUGCGGGUGAGCCUGCUCCUAAACCCGCCGUUGUGCAGGACGUCACGAGAGAGGUCGUCGUCGGAACAGGCACUACGGCGCCAAUAGACCCUCACACAACCUUUGAUUCUCUGGGCGUUCGGCCGUGGCUGGUACAGUCUUUGGCCAACAUGGCCAUCAAGAGGCCUACCGGUAUUCAGAAGGGCUGUAUCCCCGAGAUAUUAAAGGGCAGGGACUGUAUUGGUGGCAGUAGGACGGGUUCGGGAAAGACGGUCGCGUUUGCAGUUCCCAUCCUCCAAAGAUGGGCAGAGGACCCAUCUGCUAUCUAUGGGCUCGUCCUGACACCUACGCGUGAACUGGCGCUGCAGCUAUUUGAGCAGUUCAAGGCCAUCUCUUCGCCCCAGACGCUAAAGGCCCUGCUGAUCACUGGCGGCGCCGAUAUGCGAGCGCAAGCAAUAGCACUGGCAGAACGUCCACACAUCGUCAUCGCAACUCCCGGCCGUCUGGCAGAUCACAUCCGCACGUCUGGCGAGGACACCAUCUGCGGCCUCCGGCGCGUCAGGUCCCUAGUGCUCGACGAAGCAGACCGCCUGCUCUCGGCGGACGGGCCGGGGAGCAUGCUGCCGGACGUUGAGGAGUGCCUCGACGUGCUGCCCCCGUCCUCCCAGCGCCAGACACUCCUGUUCACCGCUACUGUGACCCCGGAGGUCCGCGCACUCAAGGAGAUGCCGACGAAGCCCGGCAAGCAGCCGGUGUUCGUGUGCGAGGUCGACACGGAGACGCUGGCGAUCCCGCCGUCGCUCAGGCAGCUGUACAUGCAGGUGCCGGUGACGCACCGCGAGCACUACCUGCACGAGUUCCUCAAGACGGACGGCAACAAGGACAAGCUCACCAUCAUCUUCUGCAACCGGACCGACACGGCCAGGUACCUGCACCACCUACUGUACCUGCUCGAGCACCCCGUCACCUCGCUGCACUCUAAGCUGCUGCAGCGGCAACGCGUUGACAACCUCAGCCGCUUCCGCGCCGGUGUGUCGCGCAUCCUCGUGGCGACCGACGUCGCGGCCCGUGGUCUUGACAUCCCCGAGGUGGCCACCGUGAUCAACUACGACAUCCCCCGGGACCCGGACGUGUACAUCCACCGGGUGGGACGUACGGCCCGUGCGGGGCGCAAGGGCGACGCUGUCACGUUCGUCGGGCAGAGGGAUGUCGACCUCGUCCUGGCGGUGGAGGCACGGGUGGGUCGGCAGAUGGUCAAGUGGGAGGAGGAGGGAGUGAACCUGGAGACUAGGGUGGUCCGCGACUCGCUCAACGUCGUGGGCGAGAAGAAGCGGGAAGCACUGCUGGACAUCGAGGAGGACAGGGAGGUCGGCAGCAAGAGGAAGAGGGGCAAGGUAAAGCUCAAUCGGGCAAAAGCGUGA